UUGUCCCUUCCCCUUAUCUAUAGUAUACUUUUUCUUUUCCUACAAUUUCUGCUACUCAAACUUCGCGACUUCCAAUUUCUCUCUUAUGUGCUGUUGUUCAAGACUUGAACGAUGGAAUCAUAUCUUAACAGGUGACUUAAUUUUCCACCAUUUUAUCUAUCCUUUCCACUACUAUUAGGGGAAUGUUAAAAUCAAAGCAGUUACUUAUUUGGAGUUACAAGAGAGAUUAAUUAUUAUUUUAGAUGUACUAAGUUGUAAUUCCACUUUUGUUCCCCUGGUCUGGUCUAUACCAGCACCGAUGCUUUUCCUGCUACUCAAGCUCCGCGAUAAUUUAUCUCAUAUGUCUGUCCUCUUCUUGAAGACUUGAACGAUGGCUGAUUUGAUUGUAUCCACCGUUAACAGGUCGAUUAUCGGAUCCUUUCGUAUAAUUGGACGGAUUUAUGGUGUUGAUUUGGAAAAGUUUAAGAAUGACGUUGAAUCCAUCAAAGCUAUGCUCCAUGAUGCCGAAGACAACCAAGAAAAAGAUGAGCAUAUACGAAAUUGGAUAAGAGCAGUCAAAGAUCAUGUACUUCAUCCUGCUGAUAACUUGCUUGAUGAAUUUCUUAUUGAGGAUAUGAGAUACAAAAUGGAAACUCAUAAGAGCAAUGCGAUACAGGUUUAUCAUUCCUCAUUUCGAAACCAAAUUGUUUUUCGCAGUAAAAUGGUUAGUAAGAUUGGAAGAAUACAAAAGAAAAUUAAUGAGCUCCGGAUAUUUCCGAUGAAGCAUCCUGAUCUAGCUAAAAAGGAUGUGGUGGUUGAACAAAAUAUAAGCGAAACGAGGGAAGCUUGUUCUUUCGUGUUCAAAUCAUUAGAUACCAUUGGAAGAGAAGAUGAUAAAAAGAAGAUUAUAAGCUUGUUGAAGCAACCACAUGGAGAUCAACAUGACUCUGUGAUUGCUAUUGUUGGGAUUGGUGGUAUCGGAAAGACAACUCUUGCUCAGUUGGUAUACAAUGAUGGUGAAGUAACUAAGUUUUUUGAAAAGAAUAUGUGGGUAUGUGUCUCUGAUAACUUCAAUGUCAAAACUAUUGUGAAGAAAAUGUUGGAGUCAUUAAUCAAUAGCAAAAUUGAUGAUAAGUUAUCAGCGGACAACUUGCAUAAUAUGCUUCGUGAUAAUUUAACUGGUAAGAGAUACUUGUUAGUCCUAGAUGACGUUUCGAAUGAGAGUUUUGAAAAAUGGGCUCAAUUGAGGACUUAUUUGAUGUGUGGUGCUAAAGACAGUAAGAUUGUAGUGACAACUCGUAGUAUAAAUGUGGCAACAACAAUGGGUGUAAGUGUGCCCUACAUUUUGAAGGGUUUGACUAUCGAUGAAUCUUGGAAUCUGUUGAAGAACAUCAUUACAAAUGGAGAUGAGACCGAAGGAGUGAAUCAAACUCUUGAAUUAAUUGGCAAGAAGAUAGCAGAAAUGUGCAAAGGUGUUCCACUAGCAAUAAGAACAACGGGAGUCCUACUACAAGGUAAAAAUGAAGAAAAGGAAUGGUUUCUUAUUCUACAUGAUGACAUGUUGAAUAUACAUGAAGAUAACAUCAUGUCAGUGUUGAAACUGAGUUACAAAAAUUUAUCGCCACAAUUGAAACUAUGUUUUGCUUACUGCUCUUUAUAUCCUAAGGGUUGGCAAAUAGAGAAGGAUGAGUUGAUUCAAUUGUGGAUGGCACAAGGUUAUCUCGAAUUUUCAGGUGAACAUGAUUCCAUGGAAGACAUCGGCAACCAAUUCGUGAUGACUUUCUUGAAGAAGUUAUUUUUUGAAGACGCAAAAAUGGAUGAUGAUGGUCAUGUUUAUAGUUUCAAAAUGCAUGAUUUAAUGCAUGAUCUCGCAAUGUACGCAGCCGAUGGUGAUUGUUGUUAUUUGGAUAGUGAGACAAAAGGACUUGUAAGAAGUCCUGUGCAUGUAUCAUUGAAACCCAAAGCAGUUCACUUGUUGGACUCAUUAGAUAGAAGCAGGCUACGGACUUUGAUUUUGCUGUCUUCUGACGAGGAGGAAGAAUUGAAAAGGGAUGAAUUGUUUGUUAUUUCAAAUUUCAAAUACUUGCGUGUCUUGAAGCUUUCAUAUUCAUGUUUAAGCAUGUUGUCUGAGUCAAUUGGAAAAUUGAAACAUUUAAGAUAUCUUAACUUAUCUCGCUGUACAGGAUUGGGGAGUCUUUUCAAAUCCAUUAGUAUUAUUGUCUUGUUACAAACACUAAUAUUGAUGCCGGAUGAAAAAGUUGAAUUUUCUACAAUGGCUAUCUCAAAACUAAUCAAUUUAAGACACCUUCAGAUCUCUGAUUGGGAAGCCUCUAAAGUUAAGAAUCCAGAUGGAUUUGAAAAGUUGAGCAUGCAGCUAUACAAAGGUCUGAUUUCUCUCCCACGGCUGUACAAGGGUAUGAAUUUUUCCAACUGGCUUUUUCCACUCUCAAAUAUUGUCGAAAUUUCUUUGUUUUUGUGUGGAAGUUUUCGGUAUCUCCCGCCAUUGGAAAGUCACCGAUUCCUUAAGUCACUUCAUAUAAGUCACCUUGAAGAACUAGAGUACAUAUAUUAUGAAGAGGCUCUUCCUGUAACAUUCUUUCCAUCUUUGGAGAGCCUCACUAUUUGGUUUUGUGGAAAGUUAAAGGGAUGGUGGAGGGUGUUAGAUGAUUUUAAUCAUCCUAACUCUUCACGUCAUAUCUCUCUGCCUCCCUUUCCCCGUCUUUCUCAAUUAUCAAUCAUAGGAUGUCAGAUGUUGACUCAAAUGCCUACGUUUCCAAACCUCGAGAGCAGGUUGGAAUUGUUUGAUAGUAGUGGGGAAACAUUGGAAGCAACACUAAACAUGGUAGCAUCAGAAUGUCCGAAUGACUCCCCUCCUCUUUCCAUGCUCAAAUCCUUGCACAUUGAUGGAAUGGGUUUGGAUUUGGAAAAAGUCCCGAAGGAUUGGAUACAAAAUCUUACUUCUCUCCAGCAUCUUCAAAUUAAUUGGUUUAGUUGUGAAAUAUUUCAAGAAAUCAGUGUUUGGUUUAAGGACAACCACAACUGCCUUCCUUCCCUGCAAAAACUUGCCUUUCAUAAUUGUGAAGACCUAGAGGCUUUGCCAGAUUGGAUAUGCAACCUCUCAUCACUUAUGCAUCUCUCGAUGUAUGAUUGCAUAAAUUUGGCAUCACUGCCUGAAGGAAUGCUUUGUCUUAGCAACUUACAGACCUUGGAAAUCAUCGGUUGCCCCAUCUUAAUUGAAGAAUGCGAGACACAAACAAGUAAAGUUUCAACCAGAAUAGCUCACAUACCAAAAAUAAUUUUGAAGUGAUCUUCAUCGGAAAGGGUUUCAUGGUUUGUACCAAACAAAUACCUACAGUUGCCUAGGAUUGCUCAAUAAAAGAAACACAAACAUUUCUUUUGCUGUCGAUUUGGUGAAGGAAGGAGAGGACCCUUUUCAUUGGAGAUGCAAGACUGGGGAUGCAUGAAAAUGGGCAUACUGCUAGAUUACCUUUAUUUGUGCCGUCUGCGAAGAUAAAUGUCAUGGACUGAUAAUUUGCUUCAAUCUUCUUCUCUGGUCACCAAAGAUGCUAAAGCUUUUUAAAUUAUUGACAGUUUAUUAGUAAUUUAUUUGUCUCGUUAAUUUUAUUGUGUUUGUAUAAGAGGCUGAUUGAUCAAGUUAACCAAGGGCGGUGGUCUUGUGUUGGGUUUUAGAACUGUUUGGCUUGUAAUAUAUGUGAUGUGAUUUUAGAUGGUU